UCCGUACGCGCCCGCCCUGUCGACGCACGCCGCCCGCCCAAAGCGCGCUAAAAAAAACCGAACAUCGAUUUUUGUAGUGCUUGUGCUGUGUGUGUGAGUGUCAGUGUGUGUGUCAAAAAUAUUGGAUGACAAUCAUGUAUAUAUUAGCCGAUAAUCCGUCAUGAUUUGGGUAGAAGAGACAUCAAGUCCACACUAACACAUAGAAGGGGAGGUGUUUUGAGGCGUGAAAGUGGGAUUAUGCAUGGACACGUGAUCUAGCGAUGUCUGCGGCUUUCCUCUUCGCGGCGCUGGGCGCUUUGGCUCUCGUCAGCCGCACAGGUUGCACAGAUAACACAAACGGCUUAGGCGCAGACGGAGUACAAGAGAUAGACUAUACCGACGUAGACCUAGGACUAACACAACGAGGUCCCAGGUUCGAUGUCCCGCACUCGAAGAACGUGACAGCCCUAGUGGGGAAGACGGCACAGCUCAACUGCAGAGUCCAUGAUUUGGGGAAUAGGACUGUAUCAUGGAUCAGACACCGUGACAUCCACCUGCUGACGUCAGGGCGGAUGACGUAUACCUCAGACCAGAGGUUCAUCAGCGUGCACAACCCUCACACCGAGGACUGGAUACUGAAGAUUCGGUUUCCGCAACGUCGCGACUCUGGUAUAUACGAAUGCCAAGUCGGCACCACGCCUCCCAUCGGCCAUAGAAUGUACCUCUCCGUCGUCGAGCCUCUGACGACGAUCCUGGGGGGUCCGGAGCUGUUCAUCAAUACCGGCAGCACCAUCAACCUGACGUGUGUGGUGCAGCACUCCCCGGAGCCGCCACCAGCUAUACGAUGGACUCAUAAUGAUGAGGAGAUCAACUACGACUCCCCCCGCGGAGGGGUGUCCGUCAUCACGGAAAAGGGGGAGACCACCACCUCCCACCUUCUGGUGCAGAGGGCUAAAGCCCCCGACUCCGGCAGGUAUACCUGCGCACCAGCUAAUGCUAACCCAAGAUCUGUUCUCGUCCAUGUCUUGAGCGGUGAGCACCCAGCUGCAAUGCAGCAUGGUGGUCAGCUCCGUCUCCAGUACCCCCUGUCUGCUGCCCUCCUCAGCGUCAUCGUGACCCUCAUGGGCUGCUAGUAUCAAUAACUGAACAGUUUUGUAAUAUAUACCUUGAAUAAGUGUCUCAUCAACCAUUUUGGGUGACAGAAUGGAGUUUCAACAACUACAAUUUAGCAAGCCGCUAAGACUUCGUAUAUGUAGAUGAUGUAUUAAAAAUGACGAAAAUCUUAUGCCUGUUGUGAAAAGUGAAUGAAAAUCCUUUGAGGAAUUUCGAGUUUAUCAGAAACAGAGAGAUUGAUUGGCGAAGCAGCUCCUUGUUUUGCAGUAAUUAGCAAGGAUUAAUAUUCUAAUUAUUAAUAUUCUGAGGGCCAGGAUCGUAAUUUGAAUACAGAGCACAAAUGCUAUGUAUUGACUGCGCGUCGAUGCAUGUGGUUGCAGAUGAUUUGCUUCGCUCACUGAAGCGUGGCAUGUGGUAGUGUCCAAGUUACCAUGUAGAAGUGAGCAAGUCUCUAAAUGGACUUAUAAGACUAUACUACUACUACUUGAGCUAUAUCAACUCCAAUGGCUAAAGGUGGCAACGUCGUGUAUGAAGAAGUAGAAAACAUUUUGUGAAGCUAUAGCUAUCCAAGUGUCUAGCAUAUCUUGAUAUUACUACAAAGUGGUAUGAUAGGAAAAAUGUUUAGGUUGAAACUCCAUUUUUUUACCAAAAUUCUCAGGAUGUAAUGACUUUCCUAAGUCAUCUGCAAGUCCAUGUGUCAGUGAAAAAACUCAAACAUUUUGUACAGGAUACGUCAAAGUAUAAUGGCUAUGAACAUUGUUAUAUAAAUAUUAUGUUAUGAGUAUGUAUGAUAAUAUCAUUGAUUGUAACAAUCUUUUCAUCACCUGUAAGUUCAUCAGCUAAGCUAAGUACGUUCAGUAAGUAAAACUUAAUAGCAACUUGUUAACUUCAUAAGUAUAAAUGACAGGUUUAUCAAAAUCUGCCAUUGUUAUCGCCAUUUUUAAAGUGGCAUUAUCUGAAGAGAAAUAAAUCAUCAUUGAAAAAAUAAUAUCUGUAAAAAGCAGUCCUCGUAGGGUUUAUCUUGCUAUAAAAGUUAUUGAUAUAAAAUAAUAAUUCUCAAUCACAGAAUAUCUAAACUGACAACUCGAUAAUUCUAUGGAAAAUCCCAAUCAAACGAUAAUAUUUUUAUCGACUUCCGAAGAUAAAUCCGUCUAUAUUCUUGUCAAGUCCAUCAAACGACUUUGAUUCAUAAAUAAUUAAUAAAUUGAUGUUGCCAAUGUUAAAAACGUCAAAGGCAAAAUACAUAUAACAUGAGGCGUAAUUUUCUUUUUCCGAGAAAAGUUUUGUGACCUACGGAUUAGCGAAAACGAUAUCAAGGGUCGUGACAUUAGGACCUCGUUUAUAGAAAGGAAAAGGUUCAAAAAGUUGUAUGAAUUAAUAAUUUAUUUUUCAUAUCACUUUGUUCUUUACGGAACAGAGAAAGUUGGCGCAUUUCAAUAUGAUCCUCAUUUUUCGGCGUUCGAUAUAAGGACUAAUUAAAAAAGUUAAUCGUGACACUUCUCACACUUUUGAAUAUGAUUAAAAAUUUCAUUUUUUCAAAAUUGUUCCGAAGUUUAAAAUCGAUAACUAAACCUCAGCUGGCUUUGAUCAAGAGUAAAAUAAUCUCUGUAUCAUAAAAAAUAAACCUGUCCAAUUAGGAAACGAAGAUGUUCAAAAACAAGAAAGUAAGCAUUCAUUAUAGAAAUAUAGCAAUUUUUGCUCAGCUCAGCUUUGUCACAAAAAUCUGUCUCGACAAAGUCAAUAUCAAUUACGUUUCAGAAAUUGGGAUUCGCGUGUGACGUAAGCAAUGGGCGUGUCCUUACAUUUUUCUAUAAAAACUAUAGCAGAAUACAAAUGAGGAAAAUACAUUUACUUCCCUAUUAAUUAACGGAAGUAAGGGUGUUUUCUGAAGUGGUAAAUCAUUUGGGUGGACAGGUAAUUUAAUCAGAUUUGUCGGACUGUCCUUUCACACAGUCAUAGGCGUAUCGUGAUUGUUUCUGACAUUUAUAUAACGUCUAACUUUGAAUUUAACGUACCCUUUGUAUACGAUCUCGUCAAACAAAUUAAAUAAAGUAACACUUUAAUUAAUAUACCUAUUUCUGGUCUGUUUGAUCGAGUUCUGUAAACCUUUCGAAAUAAUAACAAUUUAGAUUGCUAAAUAUAGAUCUGGUAAUGUAAUUGACAAAAUUGACGUAAACGGUUCUCGAGUCCUUUUCAGUUAAAUAUUUCUGUCCCUCUGUCAAAUUGGUUCAGAUCACUUAAGAAACCUUGUCAGAUAUUUAUUUAUAGUUUGUUGGACGUUUUGUGUGACAAUUAUAAGUCGUUAAACAAUUAUUAUCGUUUUCUUCUUCAUCAAAUAUUACUUUCAUAUUGUCACAAAGUUUCUUUAAAUAUUCAUUGUGUUAAUUUAUGAAGAUUAUCCCCUUGAUAGCUCCGUUUUUAUUGCUCGAAAUAGCCGUUUAAAGUUUUAUCAUAUUAAAGUUUUAUUACUUUUGUCUUACGGCUCAAGAAACAAACAUGUUUGUCGAAGAACUAAUUCAGAUAUAGGUAUAAUUUCUAUAGUUAUCUUAACGACUCUUUUUCGUAUUUUAAAGGCCUUUUUCACUCAAACUUUUUUCAAAAAACGUUUAAGAAAUGAAACUCAAAUUAUGUGGUUAAUGAAUAUUGACAGUUUAAAAAAGGAAAGCUAGGACAGUAUCUGAAUUUGAAAGACAAAAAUAACAAUUCUAAUAAUACAAACGAUGAACAGAAAAAUAGCCUGCCACCUGCAGCCGCUUUCGUUCAUCCGAUGAGCGUAAAAGAAAAAAAAACGCAAAAGCAAUUUUAGUUGGAAAUUGUCUUAUAGAAAUAAUUUAUUCACGAGUUUCACUCGAAGACACGUCGUUUUCGAGACAAGUCACUUCAAAGCGUACGUCUUAAUUUAUCACUGAAGGGUGAAACUGCCUUGUAAUAAAUUAUUUGUUAAACAACCCUUGACGCGUAUCAAGUACUCAUAGAUAGUCCAUGGUAAUUAAUUUGGAGUAAGCUUUUGACUUUGUGGACUGAUCUUUAGAUUUGAAUGAAAUCUUACUUCGUGCAUAAAACUAUAUGUUUCAAUAACGAAAAUUACUGAUAACUGGUAAUAUAAUAAAACUGACUGCAUAUUGAAUUUAAUUAACAUCUUUUUUACGAAAUGGACUACAGGCGUACCCCAAGGAUCUUUCUUCGGCCCUAAAUGUUUUAGGGCAAAGUCGAAUACAUUUUUAUGGUUUGAUUUAAACUCCAUGUUACAUAUAUAAAUUGGGCAUAGAUUUCCAAUUAAGUUUUGACUAUGUUACUGUAAUAUGGACCUUAAAUCAAUACCAUCGAGUUUGUAUCCGCUUGAAGGAUACAUAUUUUUGUGAAUCACAUGGUUAUAACAAAAUGGUUGAAUGUAUCAUAAUUCUGCAAUGAUUGGUUGAUUGCUACGCGUAUUGUACAUAAUAUAACUGUCACAAAGUAACAGACAUGUAAGUCCAAAUGAUGUAGUUAUUGUAAACAAUUGUUUUGUUGCAUUAUUUAUUGUUAAAUGGAAUGACUAGUUGUUUUCUCUCUUAGAAAAUUCUAUAGGGGAUAGGAAUGAGUAAGCUUUUGUAAACAGUACAACGAACCAUAGGAGUAUUGUUUUCUUUAAAGGUUCUUACCAUCUUCAAGUUAAAUUAUGAUAGAAUUUCAUUGUUAACUUCAAAAUGUAAUUAAAUUCUGUUCUGUGAAGAUUGAGAAAUAUAGUUUAAAAAUAAUUGAUACGUUUUCCGAAUUACGAUCACAUUAAUUAAUGCAACAAAAUCGAUUCUAAUAUAAAAAUACAAUUUGUAAAUAAGUAUUAAUAAAAGUAGCUAUAUAACACCGUUUCGUUGUUUCUUCGUGUUUAUUUCAAGCAUUUAAUAUAACUACUAGAUUAGAACAUCUGUCAAAAUUUGAUAUAAAAAUGGAUACUUUAUAAAAAAAUACUUUUAAAAGGUAUGAAAUAUUAGUAAUAAUAAUUAAUAUAAUGGUAUAAUAGCUUAAGUCUAUAGUUAUUUGAACGAUGACAUAGAUUUUAAGGCUAAUUAAGUUUUAUGAAUAUUGUUUUUUUAUAGUCUAUCGAUGUAAUACGGUUGUGUAAAUACAGUAUGAUAUAAGAAGUUAUUUAAGAAAAUAAAUCUAUUGAUCGUCGGA